GGAAACUUUUACGAGUUAUCAUUACUUACCAUGGGGCGAAAAGAGAAUAAGAUAAAUACUCAAUUCAGUUGUUCAGUUGUCCCGUUCGAUUCCACCUCUUGCGGCCACUAUUCCAUCUGUGAUGGGUGUGCUUAGCAACAACGCGUCGCAAGAGUUGAAGAGAUCGCCAUGAAAUUAAGCUGAAACUGUUUUUUGUUGGCGAUUCAUUGCCAUGCUUGAGAGGCAAAGGUUGGCUGAAGCUUUACGCUCAUGUGCCAAGAAUUCGGUGAUUGAUCAGGGAAAGCUUGUUCAUGGAGCUACGGUGAGAAGGUGUUAUGGGUCUGAUUUGAUGAUAAACAAUGACCUAAUCGACAUGUAUGCGAAAUGCAGUUGGAUAGUAAGUGCACGGAAGGUGUUUGAUAAAAUGCCCAGAAGAAAUGUCGUUUCAUGGACGGCUUUGAUGUGUGGAUAUUUACAGACGGGUAUAGCAAAAGACUCGCUCUUUCUUCUACCUCAAAUGAUUCGCUCGAAAGCACGCCCCAAUGGAUUCACUUUCUCUACCAACUUCAAGGCAUGCGGUAUUCUAGGUGCUAUAGAAAUCGGAAGGCAGAUUCAUUGUUUUUGUGGGAAAAGUGGGUUUGAAUGGGAUGCGGUUGUUGGGAAUGCACUAAUUGACAUGUAUGCAAGAUGUGGGAAGAUAGGUGAUGCUGAAAAGAUGUUUUACGUGAUGCCUUAUAGAGGCCAGAUAACAUGGAACUCUAUGAUAUCAGGAUAUGCUCUGGAAGGUAUGGUGGAGAAAUGUUUAACCAUGUUCAAACAAAUGCAAGUUCAUGGUAAAACGCCGGAUAACUUCACAUUCGCUAGCACCUUUAAAGCUUGCACUACCCUGAGAGCCAUCCGUGAAGGAAACCAAAUCCAUGCUUUUCUAAUCGUUAGGGGAUUCCCCCUUUCCGGCGAUAAAAUCACUUCUGGUGCACUCAUCGACUUGUAUGCCAAAAGCGGGACCCACUUAUUCGAAGCCCAGAAGGUUUUUGAUCACGUGUUGCAAAAAAGUGUUCUUUGUUGGACUCCUCUUAUUAUAGGCUAUGCUCAACAAGGUGAUUUAGUGAAGGCCUUGAGCUUGUUCAGAGAGCUUAGGGUGGAGAGGGAAGUUCCAAUUGAUGAGAUUCUUGUUUCUAGUUUGAUGGGUGUUUUUGCUGAUUUUUCUCUGGUUGAGCUAGGAAAACAGUUACACUCCUAUUCCAUCAAACUUCCAUGCAGUUUAAAUACACCGGUCUCUAAUUCAGUCAUUGAUAUGUAUCUCAAAUGCGGGUUUAUACACGAAGCUGAACGACUCUUUGAUGGGUUGAAUAAAAAAAGUGUGAUCACUUGGACAACGAUGAUAACAGGCUAUGGAAAGUACGGAAGUGGGAAAAAAGCAGUUGAACUCUUCAAGAAAAUGGAGGCAAACAAAUUUGAACCUGAUGAGAUUACCUACCUUGCCUUGCUCACUGCAUGUAGUCAUUCAGGACUAAUGGAAGCCAGCCAAGAAUACUUCUCAAAAUUGUGUAAUGAAGGUAAGGUAAAACCUCAGAUGGAGCACUAUAGUUGCAUGGUUGAUGCCCUCGGCCGGGCUGGAUGGCUAACAGAAGCCAAGAAUCUCAUAGAGGAUAAUAUGUCACUAAAAGCAAAUCCAGAGAUAUGGAAGACACUCCUAAGUGCAUGUAGAACACAUAAAAAUGUGGAUUUGGGAGCGGAAGUAGGGGAGAUAUUAUUGAGAUUGGAGAGUGAUAACCCGUCUAACUAUGUUAUGGUGUCAAAUCUGUAUGCUGAUGCCAAAAACUGGAAACUGUGUGAAGACCUCCGAUAUCUGGCUAAGGCAAAAGGGUUAAAGAAGGAAGCUGGACGGAGCUGGGUAGAGAUCAAGAAAAAGAUGUACUUUUUUUACAACAGAGACGAGAGGCACCCCGAGACAGAGUCCAUCCACAAGAUUCUGAAAGAGAUGGAGACGAGAAUGAAAACAGAGUUGGGUUAUUCACACAUGGUCAACUUCUCCUUGCAUGACGUGGAAGAUGAAUCGAGGGAAGAAAGCUUGAUGUUUCACAGCGAGAAACUGGCAAUCGGGCUUGCUUUGCUGAACGACGUUGAAAAUGGAGUCAAUGUGGCAGAACCCAUUCGUGUUUUCAAGAACCUCAGGGUUUGUGGGGAUUGCCACGAGUUCAUCAAGGGAUUGUCCAAGAUCUUGAAGGAUAAAAUUUUUCUGGUAAGAGAUGCUAAUAGGUUCCACAAGUUUGAGAAUGGUGAUUGCUCUUGUGGUGACUAUUGGUGAUACUAAAUGGACAAAGACUUGAGAAAUGAGUGGCUGCUCUUGGCUCUUCUUCCCCCAAUACAUCAUUGCCAAACUUUAUCCAAUUUGUGGAAGGUUGUUCUGCAAUGAGUUUCAACAUAUCACCCUCCUCCAUAACCUGAAUAUGUGGAAAAAGAUUGAUAUCAUCAUCCAUUCAUCCCCAUCACCAAAGGUUCACCAUGAUAUACACCGUAUUUGAGAGGGUUCUGGCAUGAACGGCGCUAUCUUUCAUUACAAACAAACCAGGGCCAGAUAGUUGCAGCAUUGUGAACCGACGUGAACGUUUCCUUAAGUGAACAACUGACAUA